UGGGGCGGGAGGGAGAGAACGAGCUAUGGCGACUCGAGACUUUCGUCCACAGCGGGAGAAUGGACGAAGUCAGACAGUCCUGUUAAUCAUCCCCGUGUUACUCUUGUUCCUUCCAGGCAUGACGGGUGCAUCAUGCUGUUAUCUUGCGAAGAAUAACUUAAUGUGUCAUGAUGUUUGUGAACUGAUUUUGGCAUCUAAAAGCGAUUCUCAUUUGAAACACCUGUUGCAACGUGCUCCUGAAUAUUGUCCAGAAUCAAUGAGAGAGGUUUGGGGCUGUAUAAAUUCCUCUUUGCCAGGUGUUUUGAAAAAAUCUGAUGGCUGGGUUGGCUUAGGGUGCUGUGAAUUAGCCAUUGCUGUAGAAUGUCGACAAGCAUGUAAACAGGCAUCUUCAAAAAACGAUAUUUUGAAAAUUUGCAGGAAAGAAUAUGAGAACACUCUUUUUAGUUGUAUUAACAAAAAUGAAAUGGGAUCAGUUUGUUGUAAUUAUGCUGGCCAUCAAACAAAUUGCUGGGAAUACUGUCAAGCAAUCUUUCGAACAGAUACUUCUCCGGGACCUUCCCAGAUAAGGACACUUGAAAAUUACUGUGUUUCAGUGAGCCCAAUGUUACUGAAUUGUGUGAAUAACUAUACACAGUCAUAUCCAAUGAGAAAUUCAACAGAUAGUUUAUACUGUUGUGAUAGAGCCGAAGAUUAUGUUUGCCAAACAGCUUGUAAAAAGAUACUGAUGUCAAUGAAAACAGAACAUGAAAUUGUGGAUGGGCUUAUUGAAAGCUGUAAAACAAUGCCUCUUCCACAGGAUCCACUUUGGCAAUGUUUCUUGGAGAGCUCAAGAUCUGUUCAUCCUGGAGUGACACUCCAUCCACCACCCUCAACGGUUCUGGAUAGUGCUAAGUUGCACUGUUGUUCCAAAGCAAAUACUUCUUUGUGCAGAGAUGUAUGCACUAAACUUUAUACAAGCAGCUGGGGCAAUACACAAAGCUGGCAAGAAUUUGAUCGUUUUUGUGAAUAUAAUCCUGUUGAAGUUUCCAUGUUGACUUGCCUAGCAGAUGUACGUGAACCUUGUCAGCUGGGCUGUAGAAAUCUUACUUUCUGCACUAAUUUUAAUAACAGGCCUACUGAACUCUUCAGGAGCUGCAAUGCCCAGUCAGAUCAAGGAGCUAUGAAUGAUAUGAAACUUUGGGAAAAAGGAAGCAUUAAGAUGCCUUUUAUAAAUAUCCCUGUACUUGAUAUUAAAAAAUGCCAACCAGAAAUGUGGAAGGCAGUUGCUUGUUCACUGCAAAUUAAACCUUGUCAUAGUAAAUCUAGAGGAAGUAUUAUUUGCAAGUCAGAUUGUGUAGAAAUUCUCAAAAAAUGUGGAGACUUAAGCAAAUUUCCUGAGGGACAUAUGGCUGAAAGCAUCUGUGAACUUUUAUCUCCAGCUGAUGAUUUGGAGACUUGCAUACCUUUAGAUACCUACCUUCAUCCAAGUACAGUGGAUAAUAUUGUAGAAGAUGUUACACAUCCCUGUAACCCAAAUCCCUGUGCUGCAAAUCAAUUGUGUGAAGUAAACAGAAAGGGAUGCCAGCCUCUUGAACCUUGUCUUCCCUAUUUUUGUAUUCAGGGCUGCAAAUUGGGUGAAGCCUCUGAUUUUAUUGUCCGUCAAGGUACACUCAUCCAAGUACCAUCUUCUGUCGGAGAUGUUGGUUGCUAUAAAAUUUGCACAUGUGGGCAGAAUGGUCUGUUAGAAAACUGCAUGGAAAUGCAUUGCAUUGAUCUCCAAAAGUCAUGCAUUGUUGGAGGGCAAAGAAAAAACCAUGGAACAUCUUUUAAUAUAGACUGCAAUGUCUGUUCAUGCUUUUCUGGAAAUUUGAUAUGCUCCACUCGUCAGUGUCUCAAUGAAUUAAGUUCAGAUGAUGAACGUCACCUAUUUACAGGUCUGCCAUGUAACUGCGCUGAUCAGUUUGUCCCAGUAUGUGGGCAGAAUGGACGUACUUAUCCAAGUGCAUGUAUAGCACGUUGUGUUGGGCUACAUGACAAUCAAUUUGAAUUUGGGUCAUGCAUUUCUAAGGAUCCUUGCAACUCUAAUCCCUGCCCCAAAAAUCAGAGAUGUUUACCAAAGCCACAGGUUUGUUUAACAAGUUUUGAGAACUUUGGAUGUAACCAGUAUGAAUGUGUGCCAAGACAAUUCAGUUGUGGCGACCAGUUGCGAGAUCCUGUUUGUGACACAGACAAUAUAGAAUAUAAUAAUCUCUGUGCUCUGCAUCAAAAAGGAAAAAUUAUAUCAUACAAAGGUCCAUGUCAGUCCUUUUGCAAAUCAGUAGAUUUGGUAUGUGGCCAUAAUGGGGAAACGUAUAGCAACAUCUGUGCUGCUUUUUCUGAUCGUGUGGCUGUUGAUUACAAUGGACUUUGUCAAGCUGUAGGAGUCCUUUCUGACUACAGUUAUCAAGGAGAAUGUGUAUCUGUUACAUGUCCCCGUCUUUCUGCAACAGGAUACAAGCCAGUUAUCCCACCAGGAGCUUGUUGUCCUUUGUAUGCAGGAAUAUUGAGGGUCUUAUAUGACAAGGAAAAAUUGGAUACUUUUUCCAGGAUAACCAACCAAAAGCCAAUCACAGUCCUUGAAAUACUUCAAAAGAUCCGCCUUCAUGUUUCUGUACCACAGUGUGAUGUAUUUGGAUACUUCAGCAUAGAAUCUGAACUUAUAAUUCUUAUCAUUCCCGUUGAUCAGAAUCCUAAGCCUCUUCAGAUUGAAGCAUGCAAUAAAGAAGCAGAAAAGAUAGAAUCACUGAUCAACUCUGACAGUCCUGCUUUAGCAUCCCAUGUACCUCUCUCAGCGCUUAUUGCAGCCCAGGUGGAAGUUUCAUUCAAGAUGUCUUCUUCCCAUAGUCAAGUUAUAUCAGCAGACUAUUUGGUCUUUUGGAAUCUUGUGCUAAUUUUUUUAGCUGUCAAGUGUAAUACAUAGUAAAAAAAAUAUUCAAGUAGACUUUAAUAUUUAUUUUGCGAAAGACAUUCAAAUCUAGUGAAGUAACAAUUUCAUAGUUUGUGGACCGACUUGUAGGUCCACAAGGAUUGCUUUACAGAAUUCCAGCGGUGACAUUUUAAUUACAAAAUUGGAUUAUUAUUUGGCAUUAACUUAAUUUUUAAUAUACUGUAAAAUAGCAAGUAAACAGUGUUGUACAAUAAAACCAAGUCCUGAAUUUUUCAAAAUUUUUCAGUGAAGAAAAUAGCAUAAAAGACCACUGUGGUGCUUCUGUAUACACACUCAUUUCUUUUGGCCUUGUUCAGUCAGCCUUGUUUGGAAAUAUCUAUUGUAAGGUUUUGAAUGUCCUGGCAAGGGAAGUUAAACUAGCUUCAGGCCUCUGUAAAUGGAAAAUAAUUUUUAGUCAGAUAGCUUGCUGUUAUUGUGGGUCUUGUAAUUUCAUAUGUGUGUGUUCCAUUAUUUUUUAAAAUUAUAGUUUUAAUGUUUUAACCAUGUUUGAUUAUUAGAUGCCUUAAUGCAUAUAAUUUUACUGGCAAAGCAAGAUAUAAAUUAAAUCAAUAAAUUAUUUAAUGCUGUUGGAUAUUUUAAACUCACAGUAUUAAACAGGACAUAUUAAAUGAGUGUAUAUUUACAUUCAUUAACAGAUAUAAAUCUAGCAUAUAUUUUUCAGUUUUCUUCUGUCACAAGACGUAAACCACCUCAGCACCCAAAUAUCAGUAUAAGACAGGUAAUUUUUUGAGAAGCAUUACUUUUUUAUUAAGCACAUGCUCAGUUACAUUUUUACCAUCCCCCCUCCCGCCUUAUAUAAUAAUUCUAAACCUAGCUUAUCCAAAGAAAAUUACUAAGCAGAAUUAGAACUGCGACGGAAAAAUUAAAAACAUAGAUGCCAAAUAACAUAUGCUUUCCUCAUAUUUUGAAAGUAUAUGUUUUUCUUUUUGCUAUGCAAGGAUACCAUAGUGUAUAUGUCUAUGCCAAUUUCUAUUUUUUACCCAUGCAUAGGUCAAAUGAUCUAUAUAUAAAAAAGAUUAGUCCAGGCCAUAGUUUUGUGUGUGUGAACCAUCCACUUUGCAUAAACCAACAGCUUAUUGUAGAAGCAAGGUUGGAUUAAAAUAAUCGUUUUCAUUUUCUUUGAAGAUGAAACAGGUGUUUGCAUACGUAUGUAUUUUGUGUACAAUUUUCACAGUUGAAACAUAUUUUAUAAGGUUUAAAAAUUAUUUUUAUAUUGCUUUGGAGAAGGGGUGCAAAAGGUACAGCUGGAUGUCACAUGCACCCCUCAGUGCAAUGGAAAUAACACUGCCCUGGUUUAGAGGUAUAUUAUUCAGAAUAUCCAUUUUAAAAAUUAAUUUUUGAUGAAUAUUGCUGCUGCUUCUACUAAAUAAAUGUACCAAAAAUGAAUACAUUUUCAUGUAGAAUCCUAGAAUCAUAUUUCUGGAAGUAAAUACAUAAUGAAGAAUAUAGCCAUGAGCCUUGUUCGGCAAAGAAUGUGAAGUAAAAUUAUUCGUGCACAGAAGGAUUUGCCGAAUACUGUUGUCCCACUAUCAGUCAUGUUUUAAACUAGUUUUCUUUGUGUUUAAAAUAUAUAAAAGCUGCAGGUUGAAUAACAAAUAUUGUUUACACCGAGUUUCUUUGAAAAUGACAGAGAUUAAAAUAUUUCUGAAUGUCACUCAAAAUAAUGCAAUAUUUGUAUAUUAUAUUAGAUACUUAGGUAAAGAUUUUAUACUAUUACACUUCUAUUUUAUGCAAAGUGUGUAUUUCAAAUCAGAGGACAAAAUCCAAGAGGAAAGUUUUUGUACAAAUCAUAAACAGAAGCUCUUCAGGUGCUAAAUAGAGAUUUACUACAUUAUAAUCUACUGGAUUAUACUCUUACACUUUUUGUGCACCUGAUCUUUUCUAAUAUUUUGUUAUCAGUAUUAUUAGAAGUCAUUUGAAGUAUGUAUGGAUAGCACCAUUUGUGCCAAAUUGUUAAAUAUUAAAAAAAAAAAGAAAACUAUUUUAGCAUUUCUGUUAGCAAUAAUUUGUGGCUAUUAUCUUUUGAGUCUUAUAAAUAAAUCCAUGCAAUGUAAUAUCAAAGCUUUUAUUUUAAUAAAAUAUUUUUAUAUCUUAUGCCUCAUUUACAAAUUUAUAAUUUCAUAAAAGUAGUACACAUUUAUAUUGAUGGUUUUGUUUUAUACUGAAUAAUAAUCAUAUGCAUCUUUCCCAACAUUGCCACACAUUCUCAGAGUGCACAGAG